AGCUCCAAUUCACAGUUCUUGUCUACUCAGGGUCUCACCCGUAGCAUUGACAAUACAAACCUGUUCGAGGCAUGAAUCAUUGUGGUUACCUGCGAGGUUUAGUUAUUCAUCUUCGUUUAGUUUAAUUAAUGGGUUCAUCAUCAACGAAAAGUAAAGAUACAAACAUGAGCAGUGAAAAUACGUCAAGGUCAAGCAGCAGUAUGGGAAACGAAGAAAAUACAAGUAAUACAAGCAAUACAAGACCACUGAGCAUUCAAGCACCUCGAUCGCAAAAUGAGUCACGACAACCGCAAUUUCAACCGAUUCCAAAUCAACCGAGACAGCCUACUAAUUUGCAAGGGCUAUUGCGAUUUGCAAUGGAAGCUACGCGCAAUGAAGAUGCUCCAAGUGCUUCUAAUUUUCAACCUCUAGAUCAGGAACGACAAAGAUUUCUGAAUGAUGCUUUGACUUCGAUGACAGUUAAUGUCAUAGAAGAACUGCAAAAGUCAAUAAAAGUCCUAUUGGGUGCCAGCGAACUUCGUGCUGAGGACGACCCCUCGGAAUAUGAUAAAGCUCUAGAAGUUAUUGCUAAUUACGUGGACAACAUGGACACUGCAAAUGACUUCUAUAAAAUAGGGGGCUUCACAAUAUUUGGCCCUUGCUUAAACUCUACUCACAGUAGCCUCAGGUGGAGAGCAGCUGACAUUAUUGCAGAGUUGACACAAAACAAUCCCUACUGUCAGGAAAAAAUAUUGGAAGCUGGUCUUAUGCCAAUAUUGUUAAAUAUGGUGGAUACCGAUCCUUCAGAACAAACUCGAAUCAAGGCUUUAUAUGCAGUUUCGUGUCUGGUCAGAGAAUAUCCGAUUUCAUUGAGGCAUUUAGAUGUGAAUGAUGGAUACUCUGUACUUCUGAGAGCAAUGCAGAGUCCAGUGGAAAAGCUACAGAUUAAAUCUGCCUUCCUUUUAUCAUCGCUUUGUAGCAAAGAUGAAAACAUAGACAAUAUGAAGACAACUCUUGUUAAAAUGGGACUAAUAGAGCAAGCAGCUGGUCUGCUAGCUAUGCAAAGUCUCCCCUGUGACACAAGAGAUCAGCUACUGCGAGUGCUUGCGGGAUUAGCAAAUAAUAAUUAUUUGCCUGCUUUGAGAGAGUGCCGGCGACCAGAGCUAUGUCUGAGGCAGACAUUGGAGCGUCUUCGAUAUGAGCUGAAAGCUGAAGAAAGUGUGGAUGAAGCUGUUCUGUGUACCCAGCUUCUAGAUCAAAUAUUUUCAGAUUGUGAAACAGGACAAGAAAGAUAGCCUUUCAUCAUGCGAAAAAUUCCAUCUUCUACCAGUCUUGUUUGUUAUUCAUGCUUACUGUAACUACAAUAAUGGAGGUUUACAAUAAAUCUAAUAUUUAUUUUUGCUUUUAA